AUGCUUUCUGAAAUAGAAGACCUGCUCAGAGGAUUUGAUGCUGACCUUAAGACGCUCAGCAGUAGCAAGUCGAGCAGUGUUUGCCAGCGAAGCUGGUCGGACGCUCCUUCUCAGCCUGUUGACUUGAACUCAUCAUCUUCCCUUGAAUCUUGCCCACUGCCCUCCCGUAGCAGAGUGUCUUGGGGGCUCGCUGAUUCGCAUAUAUGGAGAUUGUCGAGCUCAGCUGUGCAAACGUUGUCUGAUGAGGGCGACGAAGAGGGGAGCGCGUUCAUGACGCUUAUCAGAAACAUCUACAAAAUGGUGUCUUCGGAUAUCGCACCAAAAUUACAUGGAGUGACCCAAGAGGUUACGGAAUUGCGCAAAAGCAAUGAGCUGUUGACUGAAAAGGUGGAGCAGCAACGGCUACGCAAUGAUACAUUGCUCGAAGAAUACGAAGACCUCCAGUCCGAACUUAGAGCUAAAGACACACAGCUACGUGAACAAAGACGGGUGUCAAAAAACUUAGGCAUGUAUCAGGGAGAAAAUGCGAUGCUUAAAGUGGAGUUGGACAGCCUGCGCGUCCGCGUUGAAAAGCUCGGGGGGGGAAGCAAUUCGGCUCGACCGGCGGUUCGAGAAGUUCAAAAAAAGACGGAUGUUCCGUGCAAGCGAGCCUCAAGCAAUGAAUGGCUCAGUAAGGAGAACGAAGAGUUGCAAAGAGAGGUAGCUCGCUGGCGAACAGAAACGUCGGAAAAAGAAGUCUUGAUCAAUGAGUUGAAGGAUGUCAUUAAAAAUCUCACGGUAGCUGAAACUCCACGAUCACCAGUCCAACGCAAACUAUCUACAGCGCGACCAGAAUCCAUGCUCGGCGCAGCAACGAUGGGUGCAAACAGAGCCUUUUCGGACGCCGCUUCCCUGGAUCCUCAAGUAGGCCCGGCGUUGACUUUGGAAACCCCAAGGGGGCGUCUCCGCAACAGCCUGAUGGGGAGACUCUCCCCUUUUCCUUCUUCGAAGCGGUCCCCUUCGGCUACUACACUUGCACAGGAUCUAAGGAUAUCUCCUGCUGCACCAACCGACAGUGCAAAGGUUCAAGCGACGGCUGUAUCAGAUGAGCAACCCAACAGCCGCACAAGGGAUUGUGCCCCCGAGCCGCCGCGCGCAGAAGUUACUGUGGUAGACGCGGCAGAUACAGCUGCGGGUUUUGGAGGCAUUAACGCUGCCCCGCGCGAAGGAGUAGGGCAUUGGGUGGAAGCCAUAUAUGAGGCAAUGGAGAGAGCCCUCUUUGAAGUAGAAGACAUCAGGGCCUCGCGGAUCAAAGACGCCGAGGCGUGGGAGUGUAGUAAGACCAAUAUGAAGCAACAGCUUACGCGGACAGAAGAAAAACUUCGUGCGGCUACCGCAGAAGCUCAAACACUGACGAGCGAGCGCGAUGCAGCGCUUGUUGACCAAGGUGAAACUCAGAAAAAACUGGACGAAGUCACUAGACAACUACAGGAGAGUAUAUCCGAGGUAGCGGAGCUCAAGGAAACUUUGGAGAGGACAGAACGAACAAUGGAGGCAGCGCACAAAGAAGCAGCUGCCGCACAACUUCAGUUGACGCAGGCCUUAGCUACUGCGGAGAAACAAAUCGCUGGGCUCCAGGAUAUGGUCGCAUUUCGUAAUGGACUUAUCAUGUCGGUGGUCUGCAACACAAUUGAUUUGCUCCCCAAGCGGCACUUGCAGGCAGAUGAGAGUACAGGAGAUUCAGAUGUCCAGGUAUUGGGGACGUCCGGUGCAGAACCCCCCCUAAAAAGACCCUCGACGGGUUCAACAGCCGACGACAAGUACGAAGGCGUCGCUGAGGGGUGCCGCUGCCCUCUUCAGUUUUGCGGCAGUAAACAAUUGAUGCAGCGCCCAGACGUAACUUCAAGUGGGCAGAAGCUUAAGGUCGUUUUCAAGACGCCUGAUGACGCAUGCUGCUCGACUUCGGGUUGUCUGAAAUUAUGGUGCAAUUCGGGGGCAACGGCAAAGCGGAAUCUGCACAACCGCUGGUCUCCCUUCAGCCGCCGAAAGACGUAG